AUGUCAUCAUCCCUCAGGCAUGAGCUUGAGCUCGGUCUAUUUUUGGGCUUGCCCAGUUUGGUGGCCCCCACCAUUUGCCCGAGCUGUCAAAGCCCGAUGGAACUAGGCACAGGGGCACAGGGCCUCGAGCCCUAUUCGCUCGGGCUAGUUCGAAGCGCUAGAAAUGCUCUUAUAAAACUAUGA